AUGAGCUAUGUGGUGCAUCUAUGGGGGCUGAACGGGAAGCCAAGCAUAAUAUCUCCAGAAAGCAUUGCCCUUUUCUGGUUGUUGAAUGAGACAGAAAUAGCAUCCAAAGACAUCACAUUGGUCUUCUCUAAUAAUACAGAUUUAUCACCUAACCAGGAACUUCCAAUUCUAAAAGACGGAUCUAAGACAAUCUGCGGAUUUGCAAACAUCGCGUCUUUCUUGACGCCCUCAAAAUCGGUUUUAGAAAGUGCUUUAUUGCAGUUUGUACAGAACCAGAUCGGAACGCUGACCCAGUACCAAUUGUAUCUGAACAGGAACAAUUACGACAAUUUCACUCGCAAACUGUUUUCGUGUCUGUUGGAAUGGCCGAUGUGGUACAACACGCCUUUGAAAUACAGAAGUCUUGCGCGUCAACACUGCGAGACGCUGGGAUAUUUUUCGCACCCGGACGACGCAGACCAUGUGGAAUUUGACCAGGACCAAAUCGACGACCUGGUGCAGUCCAAGGCUUACAAGCUCACCAAGGCGUCCAAGUCCCGCAAGCAAGAGUUGCUGAAAUCGGCUCGUUUCAACAUACAAUUCAUGAACCGUUUGAGCGACCAAUUGCAGAGCUGGCUUGAGGCCCGUGGAAAAUUGAAGACCCACACCGUGGUGGCCGCAGACUAUCUACUGUGGGCGAAUCUACUCAUACAGCUGGAGCUGCCGGACGGUUAUUUGGUGCGCGAGCAUCUUAUCAGGACUGUGGGGGACGAUAAGUUCCGGGAGAUGGAAGACGAAUACAAGAAACGGUCCAAAUUCGAUUUGCAACUGGAAUCCGGCUUGAACCAAAGGGAACCCUUAUUUUCGGAGCGCGGAAGCGCUGUAAUGAGUGCAUACUACGCAUUAUCCCGUCUGGCGACAAUUUGA